AUGGCUUCCGAUGGCAGCGAGCGAGUGAAGCUCAACGUCGGCGGCAAAAUCUUCGAAACCAACGCAUCGACCAUUCAAUCAACCUGCCCAGACUCUCUCCUUGCUGCUCUCUCUACUCCGACUUCUCAUGGAUCCAUCCCUGUGUUCAUCGAUCGUGACCCGGAGAUAUUCUCCGUCAUACUCAACCUCCUCCGAACAGGACGACUCCCUGCUAAUUCCUCCGGCGGUUUCUCCAAGCAGGAGCUACUCGAUGAAGCUCUGUAUUACGGCGUCGAGUCACUCCUCCGGUCGGCGAUGUUGCCGCCGCCGCUGCUAGGCUUCGAUGCUUCUCUCGUUUCCACCAUCGCACCGGCAGCUGACGGAGUUCCGUCUGCAUUCACCGCCACUGCCGGAGACGCCUCUCUGUGGAUCGCUCACGGCGGACAGGUCUCCGUCUACGAUUGGAGUCUUUCCCACGCUGGAACCGUCCGUACGCAUCUCAGUGAUAUCACUUCGAUCUGCCGCGUGUGGGCGGAGGCGGCGGCGAUCGGAUCUGGAUCCGCAUCCGGACUUCACUUCUACGACCUCUCAGGGGGUCGAUACAUCGGAUCUACGCACUGGACGGAUCCGGAGGAUCCGAGAAUCCAUAAGGCACGAGUCGCCGCCGUCGUCGAUUCGACUAAUGGAGUGUUCGCGUCAUUCGAUUGCUUGCACAGAGAGAACAGCGUUGUCCAGAUCGACAAAUCCACUCUCCAAGUCGCCGCCGUCAUCGGCCAGCAAUCUGGAAGCUCCGCUAAAACCGCCGUACCGGAGAAACUGCGGUGGGUGCCAGAGAACGGUCUUUUGGUGGGAUCCGCCGUGCAACGUGGAGUGUUUGGAUGCUCCGGCUACAUACGGAUCUGGGACCCGAGAUCCAGGAGCAUUGUGUGGGAGACGAGUGAGCCAGGCUCGGGACGAAGCAGCAGGUUCGGAGACGCCUUAGCCGACGUGGACGUCGAUACCGAAGACUGUAUCCUCUUCAAGAUUUGUUCCAAGUCAGGUGAUCUCGGAAUGGCAGACAUUCGUAAAUUAGGUGAUGAUCCAUGGGUAUAUGUGUCAGACGAGAAUCACGGCGCGUUUAAGGUCGGCGAAGGAGACCGGAGCGGCGGUUACAGCGUCGUGCAUUGUUACAGAAAGCAAGUGUUGGCCGCGAGAGGUGGCGCGUUAGAGGUGUGGUCAGGGGUUAAGGAGAAGACUAUUCGGAGAAGAAACUUUGUAGACAAGGAAGAAGAUUCCGAGAGAGGGAUGAUUUCGAGAAUUGAAGCGGGAGGUGAUCGGCUCUUUGUUUCUCGGGAGUUUAUGGAAGGCGUUGAGGUCUGGGAAACUUGUAAUUUCUCAGGUUUGAUCUCCGUCGAGUAA